CGGCUUGCACGAACUCACGUCUGAGGUCUUGGAAUCUCAUCCUGCCAGGAGUGAGUUCGUGCAAGCCGCACCAUGCUGAAUCGCCAAGUGGUCAACAAUUCCCAACCGUCCCAAGCGCAGCCUCGUUGUUCGAAGCAUGAACAAAGCCACGACUUUGGAGCAAUGCCGUUUUCUUUCUGGUGCCAGUGCUGACAGAAACAAGACCAGAAAGGUCACUAGAGCAACGCUGUGUUGCUUGCAGGUCACAGAGGCUUUUUGGAACCUGGUCAUUUGUUGCUGAUAUCAUGUACGACUUCUGGGAAGCCUUGAUCGGUCGCAUUAGUACCACUGCGGGAGGCCUCGUAAAGAGCCAAUGGGCCGGCGUGAAGAACUUCCAGAAUCAGUUGUUCACCUUGGUGUCUUUGUUGGUCUUUGCCUAUUCUCUUCACUUAGUGAAGAGACAUUUUCUCAACUUCAGCUGGAGAAAGAUGCUCCUCAUCACAGGAAUUAUUCUGAACCUGUUGGAUGCAACUCUGGCAUUGUGCACCACCUAUGACGUGGUCAGAAACCAAUACUUCUACCUGGGAGAGACGAUUCUGGAUGAGAUUCCCGCGGCCGCCAAUUUCGUCGUGGGAACCUUUAUCAUUGUCGAGAUGGCUGAUAAGGGGAAUGAGGGGUUGACCUACGGCCUUUUCACCACCGUUUCGAAUUUGGGAACACCAUUCUCCCGAGCCAUCGGCAAUCAGAUUUUCGGCCUGUUCCAACCCAACUUGUCCGAUUCGGAGAACUACAAGCUGGACACCCUGGAAUUCCGUCACACCGUGGCCCGGUCGUUCCUUCUGAGUUAUGCCUUCUCCUUUGCGUCCUUCCUGCUGCUGGUGCUUCUGCCGUAUCAAAAGCAAGAAGCGCAACGGAGGAAAAGAGAGUGGUCCCGACAUCCGAUCUUUGGUUACAUCACCUGUGGUUUGGUACUCUUCGCCUUCAUCUACGCCAUGACAGUGAAUUUCAUGACAAUGAUCCCUGAGACUGCAUGCUUGGAGCUGGUUGGUGGCAGUGGCUGCUGAAGGCUAAGGUGGAUGCGCGCAGAUCUACCAUGGUGCGGGCAAGAAUCCACCAUUGCUGUGAUGUUUUCUUUUUGCAGCUUGGACUAUUUUUGUUUUGGCCUUAGGGUCCCUUAGGGUCCAAAGGUUUCUUGGGUUGUCCACUCUCAGCCGGAGUCUAAAUCUUCAGCUGGAGUCAGCAUUGGGCAGCGGAAAAUGUAGUGCAGCUGAGAAUCGCAUAGCAAGAGGCUCUCUGAAAGGAAGCUUUUUGUGCACGGGGAAAAAAAGGCUGUCUGGAUGAGAACACCAGCUGAAAUUAG